AUGUUUAUUUAUAUUUAAUUCAUAAUCGCUAUAGCUAGUACUUACAUUUAUGAGUAUGACGUGACUCCAAUGUAUUAACAUCUUGUUUAAAAGAAAAUAUCAUUCUUGUGUGAGUCUGGGAGAUUGAUAUUAGAUAACGGUUAUUACACAUAUCAGAUAUUUUUGAAAGAAAAUUAUACAAAUUAUAAUGGAUUUUAAGAAUUCGAUCAAUUAUGGGUAAUUCUGAACAAUAAUGGUUGUUCAUCAAUAUUUCAAGCUUAUGAUAAAUAUGGUCCAUUUACUUUUAAAAAUGGAGUAUUAGAUUUACAUCCUUAUUCAUAUAAUAAAUUUGUAAGUUUAUUAUAUAUAGAUUAACCCUAUGGAGUUGGUCUUUCUGAAGGAAAGGGAGACUAAGGAAAUGUAAAUAAUAUUUUGAAGUUCCUAAAAGAGUUUAUAGGGAAUAAAGGAAUUUUUAAAACAAAAAUAAUGUUAUAUGGAAAAGAAUUUGUAGCCUCACUAUUUUCAAAGAUUAUUGAGAAUUCUUAAGAUGAGUUGAAUAUUGAAGGUAUUAUACUUGAUAAUGCAUGGGUGAGUCCUAUACAUUAGAUUGGAUAUUAUGGAUCAUUUUUAUAUUAAUUGGGUCUUAUAAAUGAUUAAAAAAGAGAUGAAAUUUAAUAUGACACAACUUAAAUUUAAGUAUAAUUAUUGAAUUAGAACUUUACAAAUAUUACAAGAUUGAAAGAAUUAGUAAAUCAAAGUUUAAGUGAAUUAAACUAAAUAGAGCAAAAUACAACAAAUAAUUAAGAGCAUAUAGUUCAUUUUUUGAAUGAGCAUUCAUUUUAGCUGUAUGGAGUUUAAAAUAAGGAAGAAUUUAAAUAUUGUAAUGAAAUAUUACAUGAUAAAGCUCAAGAAUUGAUUUUGAAUUCAGCAAUAAAUGAAAUAGAAAGCUUAUUGAAUAAAUAAAAAAAAGUAGUGAUUUUGGCAAAAUAAAUAUCAUUUAAAAUAACAACGCCAGGUAUAGCAGUUUGGAUAACUUAAUUAAGAUGGCAACAUAUAAUGAAAUGGAGAAUGAAAGAAAAAGUAUUUAUAAAGGAAUAAAAUUUAAAUAGUGAGAAUAAUAAUACUAAAACAGUUGGANUUUUAGCAAUACAUAAUCGUAUAAGUUUUGAGGAUUAAUUAUAAAAAAGUAUAAUGAGUAGGUCAGAGGAUUUUACAUGA